AUGCUCCCCGCCCUCGCCCGCACCUCCCUUCGCGCCUCGCACGUCUCGGCUGCGGCCCGCACCGCCGUCGCCGCGCGUCACCUCUCGACCUCGCAGGUCAACAGCGAUGUCAACCGUGUCACCGUCUUCGGUGCCGGCCUCAUGGGUGCGGGUAUUGCCCAGAUCUCGGCCCAGGCCAACCUCAAGGUCACCCUCUGCGAUGUCACUGACAAGGCUCUUGAAGUGGAGUGGAGCGGCUGGACGAACCCUGGCUCCUGCUCCCCUUUGUCGUCGCGCACCCGGCAAGCCAAAGUCACAACUCGCAAGAUCAAACCCACUGACAUUGACAGGAACGGCCUGAACAUUAUCUCCAAGUCGGUGGCGCGUGUCGCCAAGAAGAAGGCCCCCGAGGACGUCGAGGGCUUCACCCAGCGCGUCCUGGCCAACAUUGAGACCACCACCGACACCGAGAAGGCCGUCUCCAACACCGACCUUGUUGUCGAGGCCAUCAUCGAGAACAUUAAGAUUAAGCGUGACCUGUUUGGCUACCUUGACAAGAAGGCCCCCGCCUCGACCAUCUUCGCCUCGAACACCUCGUCGCUCUCGAUCACCGAGAUUGCCGAGGCCUGUUCCGAUGCUCGCCAGGCCAACUUUGCCGGUCUCCACUUCUUCAACCCCGUCCCCGCCAUGAAGCUCGUCGAGGUCAUCAAGACUGACAAGACCUCGGAGGAGACCUUCAAGACUCUUUACGAGAUCACCAAGAAGAUGGGCAAGGUCCCCGUCUCGUGCCGUGACACUCCUGGUUUCAUCGUCAACCGUCUCCUUGUCCCCUACAUGCUCGAGGCCAUCCGCAUGAUCGAGCGCGGCGACGCUACCGCCGAGGACAUUGACACCGCCAUGAAGCUGGGCGCCGGUUACCCCAUGGGUCCCUUCGAGCUCCUCGACUUUGUCGGCCUCGACACCACCCAGUACAUUGCCGACGGCUGGGUCGAGAAGGCCAAGGACGGCGCCGUGCCCCUCGAGCUCGUCACCCCUCCCCAGGUCCUCAAGGACCUCGUCAAGAAGGGCGAGCUGGGCCGCAAGUCGGGCAAGGGCUUCUACGACUACUCGGACGCCAAGAAGUAA